AUGUGUGAAGAACCCUUUGCUCUUCUGGUAGUUGAUUCGAUUAUUUCACUCUUUCGAGUUGAUUUCAGUGGAAGAGGUGAAUUAUCUGAGAGGCAACAGAAAUUAAACAAAACAAUGUCUAUUUUAUCAAAACUAGGUGAACAAUUCAACAUAGCUAUAUUAAUAACGAAUCAGGUUAUGUCCGACCCAGGCGCAACCAUGACCUUCAUAGCUAACCCAAUGAAACCAGUUGGUGGGCAUGUUAUUGGUCACGCUUCGACCAUAAGAUUAUCAUUAAGAAAAGGCAAAGGAGACCAAAGAGUUUGCAAAGUUUAUGAUGCACCAAACCUACCUGAGGUGGAAUGCAUCUUUCAAUUAUCGGAUAACGGUGUCAUUGAUGCAACAGAUUAA